AUGGCGGCUCCUUUGACACUACUUCUGAUUGUAGCCGUGACGGUCCGUGCCGCUCUGUACAGAUCCAGUCUAGCGGAGCUGAUCUCGGAGAGAGUGGAGGUGGUGUCUCCGCUGACCGCCUGGAAGAGAGUUGUUGAAGGAUUGGCUCUGCUGGAUUUGGGAGUCUCACCCUACUCUGGAGAUGUUUUCCAUGAAACUCCUCUCAUCAUCUACCUCUUCCACUUCUUGGUGGACUACGCAGAGAUAACAUUUAUGUUGGCAGAUGUGAUCACUGCUGUGGCUCUCUACAUGACCGUCAACGACUACAACAAACAAGUGUUCAGAAAGCAGAAAUAUGCCCUGGAGGCCGACCGCUACCCCCUCGACUGUCUGGAGCUCAUCAGGAGCCCCAAAGAAAUGUACUACAUCCCCCUGAAAGUAGCCAUGUUUUACCUGUUGAACCCGUUCACCAUCCUGUCCUGCGUCGCCAAGUCAACCUGUGGCCUGAACAACGCCGUCAUCAGCCUCUUCAUCCUCUCUACAAUAAAAGGAAACAUUUUGCUGAGUGCCGUAUUUCUGUCCCUGGCCACCUAUCAGUCCAUCUAUCCUGUCACGCUGUGCGCUCCAGCGCUGCUCUACCUGAUGCAGCGUCAGUACAUCCCGGUGAACUUCCGGCGGGUCAGUUUCUGGUGGUUCAUCACUCAGUACGCCUUCAUGUACCUGGGCAGCCUGUUCGUCAUCGUCUGCCUCUCCUUCUUCCUGCUGGGCUCCUGGGACUACCUGCCGUCCGUCUACGGGUUCAUUCUCUCAGUACCAGACCUGACCCCCAACAUCGGACUCUUCUGGUAUUUCUUCGCUGAGAUGUUUGAACACUUCCGCCUCUUCUUCCUCUGCGUCUUCCAGAUCAACGUCUUCUUCUACACCAUCCCUCUGUCCAUCAAACUCAAGGAGCACCCAGUGUUUCUGAUGUUCAUGCAGUUAGCUGUGAUCUCCAUCUUUAAGUCUUACCCCACGGUGGGAGACAUCGCUCUCUACCUGGCCUUCCUUCCUGUCUGGAGUCACCUGCACCGAUUCUUGAGGAACAUCUUCCUGGUGUCCUGCGUCCUGCUCGCCUGUUCCGCUCUGUUCCCGGUUCUCUGGCAUCUCUGGAUCUACGCCGGCAGCGCCAACUCCAACUUCUACUACGCCAUCACCCUGCUGUUCAACGUGGCACAGAUUCUGCUGGUGUCGGAUUAUUUCUACGCCUUCUUGAGGCGAGAACACCACCUCAGCUACGGGUUGUAUCUGAAGAGGAAAGAUGGCUCCGAGGCGACGCUAGUCUUGAAAUAAAACCCACAUCGGCAGCUGGCUGGCAGCCUCGACCGGGACGGGAGGAACUGCUCGAGGUCUCGCUGAUCCUCAACGGGAACAAACACAAACUGAGGAGGAUUAGAGACUUUUAGCCUCUCUGGUCCUCAGACAUGACAUCAGAACAUUAGCACACAUGCAGGAAGUGUGUGUGCUACGGCGUCAUAUGCAAAGAAAUCACAACAUACUACAUGACCGAUGUAGAAAUCUUUCUGCUGCCAUGAGAAACAAACAACUAAACAUCUCUUUUCUGAUUCUCCUCUUAUUUUGAAGCCUCACUCUUACCUGGAACCUGCGAGGGUAGCUUUUAUUUUGAAGCCCUCUUCCUCCUGACAGCUACUCCUAGAAGCAUUUUAUUUUGAUGCUCUCUGCAGCUCUGUCCUGGACAGCUUUUAUUUGAAGCGCCAACCCUCACGCAGCUUUUUUUUUCUGGAAGGAAACCUCACUCUGCUGGGGCUUUUAGUUUGAAGCCUUGUUCCUUCUUAAACUCAAACAAAUCAUCUAAAUGUGGGAAACUCCCUCUGAUUUGAUAUUUCCUGAUAUAUCCAGCUCUCUCUCACACAUUUUAUUUGUGUUGUUUCACUUUUACCUGGUUACAUUUGUGUUUGAACUGGUUUGCUUUGUGGUGGGAAAAUAAUGUGUAAUGGUUUGUGUGGAAGCCUUAAAUGAUCCAUUUCUCUCUCUCUCUCUCUCUCUCUCUCUCUCUCUCUCACCACUUUCUUACUGUCUCCUCUAUUUCACACCGUCUGCUCUUUAAAGUGGAAACAACUUUUCAACGUGUCUGUACUUUAACGAACAAAUUCCAUAUGAUCAGUGUUGCAUCUCAUCUCAAGUGAAAACCAGUCAAACCAGUACGAACCUCCUCAUGGGAAACACUUCCUGGGACCGUGAGAGCUUCACACAUAUUUCUCUAAAUACAUCAAACCCAGAGAGCAAGUCUGACAGAGACCACAGUGAAUGUGUUCAGCAGGUUAAAGAGCUGCUGCAUCCCUUUGUGUUUUCUGUUUGCAGUCAGUAAUCAAACGUUAGAGCUCACAAAGUCCACCAAAUGAACCGCUAACAGCUAACGGCUAAAGUUUCCUAUGUUCCUCUAUUUCUGCAUGUAUGAUCAAAGUUAUUUAUAAUGAAGUCAUUGUUAAACUUUUAAAAUGAAUCGUUCCCUGAACGGGUGAAGAUGAGAUUGGUAUCUCUCCCAUGUGUGCGCAGUGAAUAUGAAGCUACAGUUACAGUUAGCUUAGCUUAGCACAAAGACUGGAAACAGAGGGAAACGGCUAGCCUGCCUGUGUCCUAAUGUUGUAGGAUGUUUGUUUGAUGCACUUUGAUUUUUGUGCAGAUUAAAGCAACCAGAUAUAACGUGUUAGUUAGUCAGAGAGCUGUAGAGGUGCUGGUUGGUAGGUGGAUGGUGUUAGCUUAAGACAGAGCCAGGCUAGCUGUUUCCACCUGUUUCCAGUCUUUUUGCUAAGCUAAGCUAACCAGCUGGAGCUUCAUAUUCACCGUUCAGACAUGAGUGGUUUCAGUCUGAACAUCUAACUCUCCACCAGAAAGAGAAUUAAGUUUAUUUCCCAAAUAGAUCAACUUGUUCUUUAACUUCAGGAUUUGAGAUGACACGAACGUUAUCUUCAAGUAGGAAACCGAAAUCUACCAUCCUGUUCAACGUCACUCAAAUGCAGCAUAAACGCCUCAUUGUACUCCUAGUGAGUUGGUACUACACGCUGGUGUGCUCUAUACAGCUACACACUGAUCAUCAUAGUACAUGUUUACCUGUUAAUACAACAAAUCUACAUACUUGACCAUUUUCUACGAACAGGAAACGAUACAAACGUCUCUACAAACGUUGAAUAUUUUAUUGUUUUCUUCUCUUCUGAAGUUUAUUUUGAUUCUUUUUUUUUUUUUACAUCUGUGAUCUCCAUUUUCCUUUUUGCAUUGCAUUGUGGGAGAAUAGUGUCCAUCAACCCGUACUGCAUACUGACUUUUUGAGUUCACUUAAUUUAGUGACUUUCCCCGUGUGAACACAGGACAUGCUGCUUUAGAUCAGUGUGUAACGUGAAGUUAAGACACCACCACUCAUGUUUCUUUCCAUGUGAUAACGUUUCUCCUCAAUCUGGAAACCAGAGAACAAAGACUGUAAUCAAGAAGAAAACAUGUCUGCCUUUAGUAGAAGCUACUGACAUACAACUACUUAAAAAUCUUUCUUUAAUGAUUUAAUUCACACCCUUAAACUAAGCCUUAAACAGCCUCAGAAGUGUUGGGACUCUGAGUUAAAGAUUGAUUUUAAUGUUUUAUUUUGACGUCCACAGAUGAAUGUUUUUGUUUAAUAAUUGUGAAAAUAAUGAUAGAAUUAACAACAAAAAAAGACUCACUGAAAUCAUUUCUACAUCAGCAGCUAAAUACGAGCUAAAGGUUUAUUAUUGUAAACAGGUUUUCAUGUGAAGUUCUGUGCAGAUAUUAACUGUGAAACACAAACACAGAGACGAGUCUGUUCAGUUGCUCCAUGUUUUUUAAAACCACUUUGAUACCAAUGAGUGAAGAAAUCUGUGAUAUUUAUUUAUUUGCUGCACUAAAACUUUGCAAAGAGAUUUAAUUUGUUUUCUUUGUUUAUUUAGAUUUCAGAAGGAGGAGGAGCUCUAUGGUUGUUUUAUACUGUAUAUAAAUAGGAAUGUGUUUGGUUUUGUUGCAGCUAUUAGAAUGCAAAGUUUGAAAGGGGUGAUGUUAUAUUUGAUGAAUGAGUGAACAUGUCAUAAAUAAUGAUUAUUAAACUUGAGGUGUUGGUUUUAA